GAGUUGCUCCAAAACUGCCACAUGAUUACGUAUGUUAAACAUUUAUUAUUCCAUGUAACGAGUCUCAUUGACAUUAUUUUAUUCAUUUUACGCUUAUUAAUAUUGAAUUAAAUACAUUCUUUUUAUAUCUUUUAAUUAUUACAACACUAUAAUUGUAUGUGAGUAUUUUUUAAGUUUUUAUUGAAAUGAUGAACAGUGUUGCACAUGACGUUCAUAAUUCACAAAACAGUCAAAAUACAAUGGAUAAUGAGUAUGAAGCAAUGGAUACAAGUGAAGGGCCAAGUGAUGAACAAAUAUCUCCAACUAACUCGCAGGAAAUCCAUGGAGAAACUGAUUCACUUCUGAUAGCUGAGCCCAUAGAUAAUGAUUCUUAUAAUAUGAAUAUCGAUGUUCCUUAUGUAGAAGAUUCCUUACGUGAUGGUGAGAAUAUUUCGAAUGAAAAUAAUGGGUUAGCAAAUAAUAUCAUUGGUGAACAUACAAGUUCUGCAUCAGAUGUUCAGUUAAACCAAACGAUAGUGUUGGAUUCAUCGGGGAGUUUAAGCUAUACAUCAGUAACAAUGUGUAAACCAUCAAUAAUUAAUAUUGAAACUACUAAUAUGUCUAUUAUAAAGUCUAGUAUAAUGAUGAGUUCUAAUUGUAAUGAAGUUCAAAAAGUACCUGAAGUAGGAACUAGUCAAGAUGGAACUAGUCAAUGUAUAAACUCUUCAAAAUUAACAAGAGACGAAAAAGAAUUAAUACCUCCGUAUGGUACUCCAGUUUGUCCAAAAACAGUAAAAAGAGCUGGACCUUAUAUUCUCGGACCUUUAAUUGGAACAUCUCCAGUAAAGAGUAUUGUUCAGUGUUUAGCUAGAAAAGAAGGAACUGAUAAAUACUACACAAUUAAAAUUUUAACUCUGAAAGAUGAUAAUGAACAUGAAACUCAAGAUGAUCGACAAGGAAAAAUGUUGCUGCAUGCCGAAUAUUCUCUAUUAAGUUUAUUACAGAAUCAAGAUGGUGUUGUUCACCAUCAUGGAUUUUUUAAAGAUUCAGCAUUAGGAGAAAAAUCGAUUUCUAAUGGUCGAAUUUAUACAGGAAAAAUAAAACGACGUUUAUGUUUAGUUUUAGAUUGUUUAACAUCGCAUGAUUUUAAUCCAAGAAAUGAAGAACUACUUAAUUUACAACAUCACGUUAUUAAAGAAAAAAAAUUGUCAGAAAAAGAAAGUUUAUUAAUUUUUACAGAUACUGUUAGAAUAGUUGCUGAAUUACAUAAACGAAAUAUUGUUCAUAGAGACUUGAAGCUUGGUAAUUUAGUCUUAAAUAGAAAAACUAGAAAGGUAACAAUUACUAAUUUUUGUUUGGGAAAACACUUAGCGAGUGAAAAUGACCUAUUAAAAGAUCAAAGAGGUUCACCUGCGUACAUCUCCCCAGAUGUUCUUUGUGGUAAACCAUAUUUAGGAAAACCAUCAGAUAUGUGGGCAUUAGGAGUAGUUUUAUUUACAAUGCUUUAUGGCCAAUUUCCAUUCUAUGAUAGUAGUCCAACACAAUUAUUCAAUAAAAUUAAAGCAGUAAAUUAUCAUAUUCCACUUGAUGGUCGUGUAUCAGGUGGAACAAUUGAAUUAAUUCGAAAUUUGUUAGUUCUUCAGCCUAGUCGGCGAUUGACAGCCGUACAAGUCUUAGAUUCAUUAGCAACAAUCAUCGAGACAUUUAAAAUUCCAGCAUCCAUUGGUGAAGAGGACCAAGUUGUUCCUGAUAUCGAAAAUAUAAAAGAAGAUCUGUGUGAUAAAAAAACAGAACUGAAUGAAAAAAUGAAACCAAUAUACAAUCGUCAUUACGAUUUAUUUAAAAAAAUAACGUUUCAAGAACAGAUGUUACAAUGGUUAAAUCAAUCUCAAAGUCCUUUAGUUCCUCAAGCACGCCCUUAUGGUCAGAUUCCAGUUCACAGAGUCAAUUCAGACCCUCGAGAAUUAACACCGGCUGAAUUAGAGCGAUAUAGACAUUUAAUUCCUGGUGACCAUCAACGAUCUCACUCUCAUACUUCUGUUAAUAGACGAGAAAGUUCUUCCCGGACACGGAGUACUUCUAGAUAUCGUUCAACUCCAUCAAAUGUAUCCCAAGGACGUCAAAAUUUAAAUACAGGAUCCAAUUUAUCAAAUAAUUCUAUUUCCAAUGAAAAUAAUUCUAAUGGUUCUUCGGUUACAAAUUCUGGAAUAUCGAAUUUAAAUACACGCAAUUCCGAACCUAUUCCAUGGACAUCAGGAUCUAAUAAUACAACUUUAACUUUAUCAAAUUCGUCUACAAUAAAUCAGCUAAAUUCAAGUAGAUUAAUUUCUGAAGAAAAUAAUCGAUUGAAUACUCCUGCACAAAGGACUUCUGUGAAUUCAAAUAAUUCUGCAAACUAUGUUAUCAAUAGAUCUGUAUUUGUGAGUCCAACAAUAACUUCAGCAAGAGAUACAAGAGAACAAAAUGAAAGAAAUAUUCAAAAUUUAAAUAGAGCUAACUUAAGCUCUUCCUGGGAAAGAUUAGCAGAAUUCAAUGCAAGAUAUAAUCGAGGAAGAGUAACGACAACAAAUAGAACUUCUUUAUCGAAUAGAAAUGAUCAACCAAACACUGGAAGAACAAAUACUACUAAUAGGUCAACUUCAACUACUGAAAACAGAAAUUAUUACAGAGUUCCUAUAAAUAUUGCGGAUCAAAUAAUGGCACUACGUGCUAUAUUACAACCUAAUACAGCUAAUCAACAUGACCGAAAUAUUGAAAAUCCUAGAACUGAUGCUAUAACUAAUUCAAUAAGGGCUAGAUAUUCAAUGCCUAGACGAAAUUUACUUGCAUUAAAUAGAAAUUCACCUUAUAUGACAAAUUUAAGAUAUUUAACAACAAACAGAAAUAUUUCAAACGAUAUUUCAAAUACAAAUAGAGAUCAAGACAUUAUCAACAAUGGUAAUUCAGAAUCUGUGAUAAAUAAUUCAACUGGAACUGGACUUGGAAAUAAUAUAAGAGGUAAUUCUAGAAAUCGAAGAGAAGAUGUAACUUUUGUUCCAAAUUUUAAUAAUUCAUUACAUCAAAAUGAAUUAUUAUUUAGUACAUCUCAUCAACCCCAAGUAAGCAUUCACAUUUCAAGUGACUUACAAUCAAGACAAAAUGAACCCGGCACUGAUCAAUCUCUUUCUCAAGAUGAAAGAUUAUGAAAUUUUAUCGGUAAAUUUCAAAGUAAACGAAAAAAAAAAAAAAUUAAAA